AUGGACCCCGAGAGUGUGGAGGUGUCUCCCAGAACCGUGUUGUUGGUUGCGUUGAAGGGGGGUGCAGAUGUAGUGGCCAAUGCCGUACACGGCAUGAUCGUGGGUACCUACUGUAUGUAUUCAGGACUCCUGGGGUUGUAUAUAGACAAUCUGUCGCACAAGAUACAACAUCGAUCGUAUAUGAUCAAUCAGAUCAUACAG